AUGAGCGCUAUGUACGAAGACCAAUACUAUGCAGGCUCACGUCGCCACUCCCUCGUCACCCCUCCUCCCUCCUUGACUCCCCGUCACACUCGUGCACGCAGCGAAAGCGUUCGAGUCAGUCACGGCACAGCCAGUACCAACACGAGCGUGUCAAGUGGACGAAUGUCCGAGGCAACUAAUAUCACCCAGCCCCCCUCUUUUUCAAAAAAGUUCGUGGUGGUGGGCGAUGGUGGAUGCGGCAAAACCUGUCUGUUGAUUAGUUAUUCUCAAGGUUACUUCCCAGAGAAAUAUGUCCCUACAGUGUUCGAGAAUUAUAUUACCCAAACGACGCAUCGGGCGUCCGGCAAGACCGUCGAAUUAGCCCUUUGGGAUACCGCUGGACAGGAGGAAUAUGAUCGUUUGCGUCCACUGUCAUAUCCCGAGACUGAUCUUCUAUUUGUUUGCUUUGCUAUCGAUUGCCCCGCAUCAUUGGAGAAUGUUGUCGACAAGUGGUACCCCGAGGUUCUACACUUCUGUCCCACUACACCUAUUAUCCUUGUCGGCCUGAAAUCCGACUUGCGUAAUAAGCGAACAUGCAUCGAACUCCUCAAGACUCAAGGCUUGACGCCCAUCACACCAGAGCAAGGCGAGAAUGUCGCUCAACGGAUGGGUGCAACAUAUGCCGAAUGCAGUAGCAAGGAGAUGCGCGGCGUGGAUGAAGUAUUCGCAAAGGCUGUGGACUCCGCUAUCUCAAUCGAGGAGCAGGGCUGGGCAGCCCCACCCCCCGCCAGCCGUAGCGCUCGAAACAAUCGCACUACCCGUGCCAGUGCUGCUCCUUCAGGGGUACUACUGCCCCCGCCCCAGCAAGAAAGUUAA